AUGGGUGGACAAGUCUCUUUGGUUUCCAGUAACUGUCCUCCAGAACUUGACUGGUUAUAUACAUCUAACUCUGAGGAAGUAAAAGAAUUUCGUACCUAUGUUCGAACAUAUAACAAUUGCUUUGCUUUCACAUCUUUUGGAGUCAAAUAUGACAAGGAAUUGUGUCGAAGAAAUAAAGGAAUCUAUACAUUCAGGAUACAAGGUCAAGUUUAUCACUUCAUUAAUGAGCUUACAUCUUCUGAUGAAAAUCUUAGUCAUCUACAGCUCUACAUUUAUGACACUGAUCAUGAAAUCCAAAACAGAAUGAAAUCUUCAGAAAAGCUAAAUCCUGUUAUUCUUGAAAGGCUCAUAAAGAUUUCACAUCUGAAUCCAUAUUCAAUCUUCUUUAGGAGAUUAGAACACAUAGAUCAUUUGAACUCUGUACAAAUUAAUAUUAGAUCUGAUGUAUCGUUAGAUCAGAGAGUCUACAAUCAACCUUCAGCCUCACAAGUGGCAGCAAUUUGGUCUGAAAAUGAUGUCUUAACCAAAGAAAUCUCAAGAGAUAUUGUUGUUCAUCAAGUUUCUGGUCAUAGUGAAAAAGUUCAAUGGUAUUUUGGAUGUUAUGACCCAUUACAAUAUCCAUUGUUAUUUCCAUAUGGUGAAUCUGGAUGGCAUUAUGUGUUUCAGAAACAAAAGAAUAAGAAAACAACCAUUUCUUGUCGUGAAUACUACUGCUACAAGCUUCAAAUACGACCCAAUGAUUCUUCAAUCUUACUCCGCUCUGGUUGUCUCUUUCAACAGUAUUGUGUUGAUAUGUAUGUCAAGAUUGAAACAUCUAGACUUCAGUUCUUUCAAAACAAACAAAGAGAAAUUAGGGCUGAUUUGUAUCAAGGAAUCAUAGACAGUGUCACAACAGGUGAAGGUAGAGGUUCAAAGAUUGGUCACAGGAUUAUACUACCACCGUCAUUCAUAGGUAGUCCAAGAGAUCUUAGACGUCGAUAUGUUGAUGCAAUGGCUUUGGUCCAGCGAUUUGGCAAACCUAAUAUCUUUCUUACAAUGACUUGUAAUCCAGCAUGGCCAGAGAUUAAAGCUGAGUUAGGACCUAAUGAGGAAGCUCAAAAUAGACCAGAUUUAACCUCUCGUGUUUUUAGAGCAAAAAUGGAACAACUGAAGGAUGACAUCAUAAAACAUCAAAUCUUUGGAAAAGUCGUUGCAUAUGUCUAUGUCAUUGAAUUUCAAAAGAGAGGUCUUCCACAUAUGCUUCUAUUGUUAAUUCUAGUACCUAGACAAAAGCCUUUAUCUCCUGAUACUUAUGAUUCAAUCGUAUCUGCUGAACUUCUUGAUAAAAAAAAAACGUCCUCAUUUGUUUUCUAUGGUGGUGAAACACAUGAUGCAUGGACCUUAUGGUGA